AUGUCUGACGAAAAGAAAAAAUUAUUGCUGAAACGUGGUAAUCUAAAGGGCCAGGUGACCAGACUGGUUACUUAUUUCGAGAACUUUAAUAAAGAACAACCAACUGGCGUCGAUUUACGUCAGUUAGAAAUAAAAUUAGAGAAAAUCAGACCUGUUUUUGAGCAAUAUGACGAAAUUCAAACUAUGAUUGAGUUAGAGCAGGGUGUAGAGGACUCUGACGAACAAUUUUCUAUCGCAAAUAACAAUACAACUGCUGCGGUCACAUCUGUGAGUAAUAUUAGUAGUGGUAACGUAGAAAAUAAUGUCAAAUUACCCCAAAUUCACAUGCCAACAUUCCAUGGCAAUUACGAAGAAUGGAUUGAGUUUAGAGAUACUUUCGUAGCACUGGUGCAUGAUAACAAUUCACUGUCAAACAUUCAAAAAUUUCAUUAUUUGCGUGCAGCUUUAAAAGAUAAAGCCUCGCAUACCUUAAGUUCGUUGUCAGCAUCUGAAAACAAUUACCAGAUUGCGUGGGAUCUAUUAAAGGAAAGGUACGAAAACAAAAGACUGAUAAUACAAAAUCAUGUCGCGUCUCUUUUUGAAAUUCCAUCGUUGCAAAAGGAAUCACACGGAAAAUUGCGUCAGUUGUUGGAUACUUUGAACAAAAACUUACGUGCAUUGGAAUCACUUGGUCAACCAGUUCACACGUGGGAUGUGCUCAUAAUUCAUAUCGUGGUUAACAAGCUAGAUCCUAGCAGUAGGAAAGAACGGCAAGAAUUCGAUGUAGAAGUUGAGCAUUCAUUGAACCCAACAUUGAGCAUUUAA